AUGAAGGGCUCUGUUCAGGUUGUGACGUUGUGGGGGAAACGAGCCCCGGCCCAUAGCAUCACAGCCAUCCUGAUCACAGAGGACCAGAGGACCAUCGUUACAGGAAGUCAAGAGGGGCAAUUAUGUCUCUGGGAUAUGUCAUCGGAACUAAAGUGCAUGAUUAUUAUUUUUUCUCCAUUCUAGAUUUCAUCAAAGCAAAUGCUCUUUGGUCACACUGCAUCUGUGACAUGUUUGGCCAAGGCAAGGGACUUUGAGAAGCAGCCCUACGUGGUCAGUGCUACUGAGAACGGGGAAAUGUGCAUUUGGAACGUCACCUGCGGACAGUGUGUCGAGAAUACGAGCCUCCCCUUUAGGCACACAGCAAUCUGCUAUUACCACAGCUCGUUCCGCAUGACGGGAGAGGGCUGGCUCCUGUGUUGUGGGCAAUAUAACAACAUCCUCAUCAUUGAUGCCAAAACACUGGCCGUGCUUCACGCAUUAACAUCUUCUCACUCUUCGGACUGGAUCAGCUGCAUGUGCUUAGUACAUUCACCCAGGAUCCAAGAGGAUUCCUUAAUAGCAGUAUCUGCAGCAGGAGACCUUAAAGUCUGGGAUCUGUCCUCUUCAGUCAGCAGGAUACAGGAGAAGCAAAGUAUUAACGAAAGGGAAUCCAAGUCUCUGGACUGUGUCCCCUGCAAAGCAAUCCGAUUUUGCACCUAUACCGAAAGGCUUCUCUUAGUUGUGUUCUCCACCUGCUGGAAGGUGUAUGAUUACUGCGACUUUUCCUUGCUGUGGACUGAAUUUAGCUCAAGUGGCCAGUGCUUUGCUGGAGGUGAAGUCCUUGCUGCGCACAGGCUGAUCAUUUGGACAGAAGAUGGCUGUGGCUAUAUCUACCAGCUGCUGAACAGCGGCCUUUCCCGGAGCAUACAGCCAUCCAAUGGAAGAGUCCUCAAAGAAACUGUUUAUCCUCUUUUACUUUGUUCUACUGAUGUGGAAGAUAACAAGAGUUUCUCUUACGUUAUGGGCUUCAUGAAUGAAAGAAAGGAACCUUUUUAUAAGAUCCUUUAUUCUGGAGAAGCUUCUGGGAGAAUCACUUUGUGGCAUAUUCCUGAUGUACCAGUUUCAACUCUAGAUGGGUCACCAAAAGAGAUCCCCAUAGCAGCAUCCUGGACUCUUCAAAAUGACUUUGAUGGCCACAGUCCAAUGGCCGCAACGGUCGUCGAUCACCUCUCUGGAGCUGAUGCCGGGAAUAAAAGUACCACCAUCACUUCCUCUGUAUUUAUUCCCAGCCUUGAUAAGUUGGUGUGUGGAUGUGAAGAUGGCAGGAUUGUCAUAGUCUUAGCUCUGCAUGCUGCCAAGGCCUGGCUGUUGGAAGAUAUUUCCUUGUUGAAAGACACCCUGCCUCACAGGAUACUCAGUGGUCACAGCAGCAGUGUGACUUCCUUACUUUAUCUCCACGGCCAGUCUGCCAGGUUUGAUUCCAGCUGGCUGUUAUCUGGUAGCCAGGACUCUUGUGUGAUCUGGUGGGACAUGUUCACCGGAGAAAUGUUGCAUCAUUUUUCUCUGCUGGCUGGACCCGUCAUGAAUCUGCUGCUGUCUUCAGAGAAUUACAGAUUUAAAGGUCACCGGAUUGUGUGCUGCAUGUGCAGUGACCACUCUGUCGUGCUUCUACACAUUCAAGAGCGAGCUUGCAUCUUACAUGCCAGGAAGCAUCUUUUCCCUGUGAAGAUGUUACGGUGGCACCCAGUGGAAAACCUGUUGGUUAUUGGAUGUGAAAACGAUUCCAUUUAUAUUUGGGAUAUUGAGACAGGAAUUCUAGAGCGCCAUGAAAGUGGAGAAAUGGCCAAGGCAAUCCUCGCUUGCUGCGAAGAUUCGGUUCUAGCUGUUGCAGAUUCUGUGCUCCCCAUCUCUGGAGAAGACUUAGAUAAGCAGGAAUAUGUAGGUGGCCAGUCCUGCAGCUCCUAUAAAUCCGGCAACAUUUCCUACAGCAGUCUCAAUCAUCGAGAAAAGUUGUCCCAUCACACAUAUGGGUUUCCUCCUGUUCGUGAAUUGGAUAAUAGUUCACUUGUCAAACUUAUUUCUUGUUGGAGAGACCAAUCCAUAGAGAUGACAACGGCUGUCCAAGCUGCUUUGAUGGCUGAAGUUCAGUGGGGUUUGAGAAGCCGGCGAAAGACAUUGGCGAAUGGCCAUGGGCAAGGAAGUGUCAGCAGGGAGGUGCCAAAGACUGACCAGCCAGAGAUGACGAAGAGCCAUCCUUUGUUGGCUGCCACCAGCACGGUCAAGUGUGAUGGCUGUACCACCUCUGCAAACUUCCAAGAGGGACAGGACAGUGGUGAGAAACAGGUCUUCGAAGAGUCAGAAAACCCAGCCUUUGUCUAUCGACGGGUCGCGGCGGAAGGCCGGAGGUCAGGGCAGCUGCUGGGCGGCGAUUGGCUGAUGGCUGCACAUGCGCAGCGGGCCGGCUCAGUUCAAGGGGACUCGGGGCUGCCCCACGCGCAGCGCUCGGCCGCGGAGCUCUGCCACGACGGGGCCUCCACUGAUCCGACCCAGGUUGGGCGCGUGUGUGUGAGUGUGUGCAAAAAGUACCACGUCACGGCUGCCCGGCCGGGGCGACCGGGCCCUGACAGCCCCUUCCGUGGGGCCGCCGCCGCCGCCGCCUCCCCCGCCGCGUGGUAUCGAACGCUUCGAUUGCCAGUGCGCCCAUUUGCAUACUGA